AUGUGCACUAGGCUCUAUCUUAAUUUAGAUAUUGAAAAAUUAUUACUUUCAGCUGCCAUAUUCACCAAUGACCAGUGCCAGUUCGUAGUGUUGAAUCAUGAUCUUCAAUCAUAUGUCCUACAGAAGCUCGAAAGACACACUGGUUUACCGAGACACAGCUUGAUUCACCUUUACGAAAAAGAUUCUCCGAUCGAUUGUACGAGUGAAUACAAAGGGACCACUGUACCUGUAUAA